AUGCCAGGAGCGCUCGAGCUACUCGGCGCAGCAGUGACGGGCCUCGGGUUCGACGAGCUGCGCGACCGCAUCGACGCGGAACCAGACGACACCCUUCGAGAGGCGGUGCUCGAGUUGCAGGCGCAGAUAGCGCAAGACGUUGACGCCGCUCGCCGACGGCUCGUUGAGCAGCCGGCACUCGCGAUGGCGCUGAAGCUUAUCUCGCCAGAGCAGAUGGCGGCGCUGCCUGCGGAGCAGCGGGCGCAGGUGGAGGCGCUGCUCAGGGCGCAGUAG